AUGGUAUUAGAUGGUGGUCGGUGGAUCUUGGAGCAAAUUCUGAUGAUGAUUUUCCAGUAUUCUGGAUUCUGGCAGAAUAAAACUUUUUUUCUUCUAGAUAUGUUGGAGUUAGCUUUAUUACUGUCUAUAGUGAUUCUGGGACUGCUAGCAUAUCUUGACACGAAAAAACCGAAAAAAUUCCCACCUGGUCCGAAAUGGUAUCCCAUAAUUGGCAGCGCGCCCCAAGUUCGAGAAUCCAGGUCCAGAUGCGGUUCUUUAUAUGAGGCCACUGCUGAAAUGAGUUUGUAUUAUGGACCUAUACUUGGACUCAAGAUCGGAAAAGACGCAAUAGUAGUAGUAUACGGACCUCAAGAAAUCAAAGAACUUUCCCUAUCAGAAGAUUUCAUAGGAAGACCGAUUGGGUCGUUUUUCGAAAUGAGAACCUGGAAUAAAAGAAGAGGAAUACUGUGCACUGACAAUGAAUUCUGGCAAGAACAAAGACGAUUUCUAGUCAGACAUUUGCGAGAAUUCGGUUUUGGCAGCAAAAAUAUGUCGGUUCUAGUUGAAGAAGAAGUCUCGCAUUUGGUUGACUUUAUUAAUACCACUUUGAAUAAUGAAACAGGCUCUGCCAUAUUUAAUAUGGAAACUUUGUUCAGGGUAAGCGUUUUGAAUACCCUUUGGCAAAUGAUGGCGGGAGUCAGAUAUUCUCCAGAGGAUCAUAAAAUGAAAAAAUUGCAAACGAUUUUGGCUGAAUUGUUUCAAACUGUGCAUAUGGUUGGCGCACCAUUUAGUCAUUUUCCAGUCCUCAAAUACUUAGCCCCAGAAAUGUCAGGAUACAACUGCUACAUAAAUUCACAUUCGAAAAUUUGGGAAUUUUUACAAGAGGAGAUUAAUAAUCAUAAAAACUCUUUUAGUCCGGAUCAUCUUAGAGAUUUGAUGGAUGUUUAUCUUAGUGUUGUGAACACUCCUGAUCAUGGUGACUCUUUCUCAGAAGAACAGCUACUAGCCAUAUGCCUGGACAUGUUCAUGGCAGGUUCAGAAACCACAAACAACACGCUCAGUUUUUGUUUUCUGUAUUUGGUAUUAAAUCCAGAUAUCCAAAAAAAAGCCCGCCAGGAAAUCGAUGCAGUUUUGGGCGACAGAGCACCUUGUCUCUAUGAUCGACCAAAUAUGCCUUACAUGGAAGCGAUUGUAUUGGAAGCUCUACGCAUGUUUGGAUGUAGAGCAUUCGCUGUACCGCACAGAGCGUUGAAGAAUACAUAUCUUGGUGGUUAUUUGAUUCCAAAAGAUACACUGGUCACAGCAAAUUUACACGGUUGCAUGAUGGGACCAGAUUCCGGAUUUGAAAAGCCCGAGCAAUUUAUUCCAGAACGAUAUUUGAAGGAUGAUGGGAAAAUAUCGGUGCCCGAAAAUCAUAUACCAUUUGGUCUAGGAAAAAGAAGAUGCAUGGGAGAAUCUUUAGCAAGAGCCAACGUUUUCCUAUUUACAACGACAAUUUUACAAAAGUACGAAAUCCACAUGGUUCCGGAAUAUCCACCAGAUAUGAAAAUAGUUGACGGUGUAACACCGGCACCCAUUCACUAUAAAGCAAAAAUUACACAUAGGUCAUAA